UGUUUACUCUCUCUCUCUCUCUCUCUCUCUCUCUUGAACCUUCUGUAUAAGAGAGAGCCGGCUGGGUGGAUUUUUGUUGUGUUCCCCUGACAGACUUAACAGGUUAGAAUUCCAAUGUUCCUGACAGAUGGGUUUUCCUUAUCUGCAUUUUUUAAGCUACUAGGCAGGUGGUGCGGUGAUGCUCAUCUGUUUCGGGUGAAAAGUGUGAUUCAUAGGAGACUGUCACAAAGCUUGAAUUUUGGUUUUCCUUUUGGGUUUUCUUUUUAAUGAAUUCUAGACUACAAGUUGGGAUGGAAUCAUGUGAUCAUGGUUAUGGGAACACAUGAGAAUUUAAGCCCCUUUGAAAGAGCUUGACUUGGUUGAAGCUGUGUACAGAAAAUGGGACCAUCAUCUCAGAAGACUCUUGAAAGAAUUAUAUCACAGAAAGCUCUACAGAUGAGUAGCUCAUUUCCAUGUCAAAUUUGUGUGGUGGGUUUUCUUCUUGGGGUCUGUCUUACCUAUUUCUUCAUGGCUGCUCUCACUUCUUGGGUGGAAUUUGGAGGAGCUUCCUUUUUGUCUCACUCGCCAGGACUUCCAUCACAGAGCUUGACUUCACAUAUUAAUGAAACAAAGAGAAGACUGGAUUCACAAAGAAGUGAUGGCCUGAGUGAUGAUGCUAAAGUAUCUUUAUUGUAUUCAGCUUGGACUAAUCUGAUAAAUGAAUCCUUAGAUGGGAAGGAAGAGUUCUCAAGUGUGUUGGGACUAAGCAGAUCUAGUGUGCCUAAAGCCCCCCAUUUGGAGAACUGUAAAUUGAGUACACAACUCAAUGAAAAACUUGACAAACGUGGAGAGAAUGGUAGCCUUCUUCCAUGGACAAAUUGGAAGGGUUGGUUAAGCAGAGCUUUGCUUCACCCAUUAUCUGCUGAGGGUAAACAGGGGCAUUUUGACCAUCGAGCUCAACAAGGAAGUGCUUAUCCUCCAUGGAUUUUGGGUUCAGAUGAAGACAAUUUUCCUUCUACUAGGAAAGUACAACGUGACAUAUGGAUUCAUCAACACCCUCUGAAUUGCAGUGACCCAAAUAUUAGGUUCCUUGUAGCUGAUUGGGAAAAGCUCCCUGGAUUUGGUAUUGGAGCUCAACUUGCCGGAAUGUGUGGUCUUCUUGCAAUUGCAAUUAAUGAAAGACGAGUCCUAGUUACAAACUACUUUAACCGAGCUGACCAUGAUGGUUGUAAAGGUCCCUUACGUUCUCACUGGUCUUGCUAUUUCUUUCCUGAAACAUCCAUGGAGUGUAGAGAUCGUGCAUUUGAACUUAUGGGAAGACCAGAAGCUUGGGAGAAGGGAAUCGUGACAGUAAAAGAUAAUUACACUUCAAAGGAAAUAUGGGCAGGAAGGAUUCCUAGGGUUUGGGGUAAUCCUUGGAGUUUUAUGCAACCAACGACUGAGAUAAAUGGUAGGUUGGUGAUAUACCAUCAUAAAAUGGAUCGACGGUGGUGGCGAGCACAGGCUGUACGCUAUUUGAUGAGAUUUCAGAGUGAGUAUGCAUGUGGUUUAAUGAAUGUGGCCCGACACACAGCAUUUGGAUUGCAAGCUGCAAAAAUGGUUCUUGCUGGUCUUGUUGGACGAUGGCCACAGGUUGUAGGAAAGAAUUCUCAAUCUGAUAUGGAAGAAUAUGUGUGGUCCAAUCAUAAGCCUUGGGUUCCUAGACCACUUUUAAGCAUGCAUGUUAGAAUGGGUGACAAAGCAUGUGAAAUGAAAGUGGUUGACUUUGAAGAGUAUAUGCGGCUUGCUGAUCGUAUUCGAAAACGGUUCCCUGACCUGAACAACAUCUGGCUUUCUACUGAAAUGCAGGAAGUCAUUGAUAAAUCCAGAUUAUAUCCACAUUGGACCUUCUACUACACAGACGUAACACGCCAAGUGGGGAAUAUGACCAUGGCCUCUUAUGAAUCAAGUCUUGGUAGAGAGACUAGCACUAAUUAUCCAUUAGUCAAUUUCUUAAUGGCUUCUGAAGCUGAUUUCUUCGUUGGUGCAUUGGGUUCCACAUGGUGCUUUCUCAUAGAUGGCAUGAGGAAUACAGGGGGGAAAGUAAUGUCUGGAUACCUAAGUGUUAACAAAGACAGGUUCUGGUAGAAAGAGGUAUACAAAGCUCUUGCAAGCUGGGUAUGUAAAUUAUUAUUACAUAUGGUUCACCAAAAAUUUUUUUGGCUACUCUAUAUUAGUCAGUUUCAUUUUUUACAGGGGAAAGUUGACAAAAGCCUGAUUGUUAUGAAGAAGAUUUAUAUGUAAUAUGUAAACUAAGGGUCCAGCUUGUUUGCA